AUGAGCCUCCACGAGACGGUCCUCGGCCAAGACCGCUCGCGCCACCCGCAUGGGCUCCUGGGAAAUAUAGUUCCUUUCCCCUUCAUUCAUAAACCGGGAGGCGUCAAUUCGGGCUUGCUUUCCGAAUUUGGAGUGAGGGUCUCGGGGUGGGGUGGGGGAGACGUCUCAAGGCCCCCACUCUAUAGUAUCGAGGCUGCGCGGAGCCCCGGGGUCCGUGAUGACGAAAGCGGCGAAGACCUAGAAAAAAAGGGGAAAGAGGAGCCAAAGCUGACAGUGUCGGGCUCCUCCCCGGUGCCUGUCAAACCCUAUGUCGGGUUCUCUCAGUUGAUCAAGGACAUGGAAGCUUAUGUACUGCAGCCGGCGAUUAAGGGCCAGACAGUGAAAUGUCACAUCAGCCGCGACACCCGCGGAGUAGACAAGGGCAUGUUUCCUAUCUACUACCUCUUCUUGGAGGAGUCCGAUACCAGGCGGCAAUUCCUCAUGGCAGGGCGGAAGAGAAAAGGGAGCAGAACUUCUAAUUAUCUCAUCUCCUUGGAUCCCAUUGACCUGUCACGGAAUGGGGACAACUUUGUGGGCAAAGUCAGAGCUAAUACCUUGGGUACCAAGUUCACCAUCUUUGACAAAGGGGUGAAUCCCCAAAGGAUUUUCUACACAGCCUCAGAUCAAAUCAGGAGAGAGUUGGGGGCUGUCUGUUAUGAAAGCAACAGGUUUGGGAUCAGUGAACCCCGAGAGAUGACAGUGAUCAUUCCAGCAAUCGAUGAGCAGGGCCAGAGAGUCAGCCUACAGCCACAAAAUGUUGGUGACUCCCUUCUGAGCCUAUUCCAAAGAGGGGCCCGCCAGGAGCUGCUGCACAUGCGCAAUAAGUCCCCACUCUGGUCCAGCAGGAGCGGCUCCUACGAGCUCAAUUUCCACGGCCGCGUGACUGAAGCUUCGGUCAAGAAUUUUCAGAUCCUGUAUCCGGAAAAGACUCAAAGUGUGGUGCUCCAGUUCGGCCGAGUGGGUCCCAACUCGUUCACUAUGGACUUUGCCUUCCCGUUUUGUCCGCUGCAAGCCUUCGCCGUCUGCUUGUCCAGUUUCGAUAGGAAACUGGCUUGUGAAUAA